GUAGGCUGGAGAAAGCGAACCCACAGAACUUUACGACGUCAUAUUUGUAAUCAGGGUUGAGUUUGUAAAAUAUAUGCACUAAUUUAGCUUCAUUGUAAUAUUUAUAUAAUGCAUUUCCUUCGUAUCGAAAUAUCUCAUAUUUGUGAAUGAACUUUUAUUAUGUAACACGUCACCUUUUUUUGUCCACUCUGGGAUACCGUACGGUUGACAGGUUUGUUCAAGGAAGCUGCAGCGGGCAAAGGUCGUUUUGAUGGUAAGAACUGCUUCGGAGCAGCUGUAGACUUGACAAGAUUUCUUUACAAUGACUUCACGAAAUGUAUCUCGAUAUUGGGAGUGGGGAAAGAAAAUCAUCUGUGUUGGGAGGAACUACGCCGACCAUGCAAAGGAGCUGAAUAACGUCGUCCCAACAGAGCCCGUGUUGUUCCUGAAGACACCAUCUGCAUAUCUGACAGAGGGCUCACCUAUCCUCAUUCCCAAAUACUCCAACAGUGUACAUCAUGAAAUCGAGUUGGGGGUGGUCAUCGGGAAAGGGGGCACCGCUAUCCCCCAAUCCUCCGCGAUGCAACACGUCGCAGGGUACGCCCUGUGCUUGGAUAUGACCGCUCGGGAUGUCCAGGAUGACUGCAAGUCUAAAGGUCUUCCGUGGACUCUGGCCAAAGCGUUCAACACGUCUUGUCCCGUCAGUGAAUUCAUCCCCAAAGAGCGGAUACCCGACCCGGGAAACGUGAAGUUCUGGCUCAAAGUGAACGGCCAGAUGCGCCAGAAUGGCUGCACCUCUCAGAUGAUCUUCUCCAUUCCCUUUCUCAUCAGCUACAUCAGUGAGAUCAUCACCCUAGAAGAGGGGGAUCUGAUUCUCACUGGGACUCCCAAGGGUGUAUCCGCUGUGCAGGUGCACGAUGAACUACAUGCUGGCAUAGAUGAUGUUGUCAGCAUGACUUUUAAAGUUGGCAGACGUUGACAGAUGAUUAGCAAACUCUAUUAAAAUCUGUAUUUUAUUGUACAUUUCUGUAAUUUGCUUUUAAUCAGAGCAGAGAGCUGGAUGAAAUGUAUGGAAUUACAUUGGAGUCAUUAGGCAGGCCUAUUUCAUGCAGAAUGGCCACACUGAUCCAAGUACAUUGUUGCAGUUCUGAAACCAGCAGAGGGCAGUGCUUACUCAAAGAUUCUAAUACAGAAUUACAAUGUAGCCUAUUAGACCAUUUUUUAAAUUGAUUUUACAAUGGGAAAUAUGAUAGAUACAAAACUUGAAGUCUUGUUUUGAAUUUCUGGUCCAGUAGAUUUCACUAAAUCAGAUGCUCAACAAGUGGGCCAGGUGCUGAUCUUAAUCUUAUCCUGACCAAUUGUUGUUUUCUGGUCUAGACAACAGCCUCUGUCACAUCACUGUGAUCACAGUUAGAAUGUUCGUCUUAAAAAUCUAGUCUUUUUCUGUUUGUGAGGAACAUUGCCCAUGGCAUUUUGAACUCCUGUCUACUCUACUAUGAAUAGGGAAAAAAUCUGAGGAUUUUCUCUUACAGGUCCAAUCCUCUUCAAAGCCAAAUCAGCCUGAAGAAGUAGUCACAUUAAACAUUUACAGCCUGUUCAUUUA